AAAUUAUUCACUCCUCCGUAUCACGUUCCUGCGUCUUGCAAACAAGUCGGCUCGGUAGCAUUUACAAUUCCAUCUGUUAUAAAUGAAAACGUAAACCAUGCCCUUCAACAACCAAACCAAUUACCGCCUACCACCAGUCAUAGUCAAGCAAGACGAACCUGGAAAACGCCAAGGGGAAAAGCUGAAUUUUAAUCUCGCCAGCCAAUCCAACCGCUCAUUUUACACUUUACCGCAAUCCGCAAGCUCUGUCGACUCCGAAUCUCAAGCCAUUGAUGACUUGACUACUCAGCUAUCUCAGACAUUCCUUAAUACGACUCGAUCAACCGAAACUCAUCAGCUUGCUACAGUCGCGGGUACUCAACGCAAGGAUGCCAUCGAUCAGGUCAUCACCUCAGUCCUUACUCAGGACCUGCGAGCUGCAGGAAGUGGGAAGCUCCUGCCAGACCACCCUUGCUUCGACCAUGUCCGGCAGUAUGCGAGGAAGUGGAAUAUCUCCGACGACGCAGUGAGCAGUAAUAUCAAACUCGCUUGCGGAUAUCUCAAAUUCCCGGUCAUAAUGUUGCUCAAUCCCGCGCCGAAACACGAAUCCCUGCCGUUUGACACGAUGGUCGCCAGGUGCAGAACCCUGCGUUGGAUUGAAGAUGUCUUGAUAGGGGUCGGCCUUGGCCUCGCAGACGUCAUCAUCCUCGAUAUCUGCCCGUUAUUGAGUAACGAUCGUAUCAGGCAACUUGAAAAGGAAGGACUGGGAAGGAAGCAACAAGCUCUUUCUGAGGCUUACGAUGUGACUCAAAAGAUGCUAGAGAUGUUUCAACCCAGCAUUGUUAUAUCAUGCCAGUGCUCUACAAGCUUCUCGAACUGGGUUCCUGGAGGACAUGUGAUUGCUCGGGAGCUAUGUUCCUCAAUGAAAUCAGCAAGGGCUAGAGAGGUAAAGGCGGUUAGUAUCGGUGAUCAUAAAAUCAAUGUCGUCCAAGCAUAUCACCCGAGCAGCUUUUUGAACUACAAUCGAAGAGGCCACCAUGACCUUGGUGGGCAAUUUUUGAAAGCGCUGUUUCAAAGAUUGUAUAAUCCAUGUUCCAAUUGGAAAAAUCAACACAUCAUGGCUUUAAUAGUCUCGGCGAACAACAGUCUUGUUGCUUCAACGAAUACCUCCCCGCCUAGAAGAGAGGAAACUGAUGGGACUUGGAAUACAAGAGCAGAAAGGAGAUUCGGGAAGGGUACCUUGGUGCCAGCUAUCGCCAGCUAAGGAAUUACGAGAGUCGCUGAGAGAUUGGACAAGAAAUUGAUUACCCUUUGCUGUUGCUUUUCCCUGCUAUAGUACUUUCUGUUUCAGCCUUGCAAGCAUGCAGUGGUUUGCCGUUGGUUCUCUAUUAGGUUUAGUGGGAUCUUGUCUUUUCUUCCUCACUCGUUAAGUACUCUCGUCCCGUUUUGGCAGUUCGUAGUUUGUCGAUUGGUUAAUGACCCAAUGUGUUUUGUACACGUAAUACAUACAAAUCUAGGAGGAUUGAAGUAAAUAUAGCAGUACAGACCAACUUUCAAACAAAGG